AUGAAUCCCACCGCUCGAUCUUUUCAGCCCUCAAACUUCCAGGAUAGCUCGCCGCCUCCUCCAUCACAGUUCAACCCUAGAGCAGCAGCCUUUGUACCAGCAAUACCCAUUCGUGAACCGACACUCGGCUGGCCUCCAGAACAGCCUCCCCUCGGCGAAAAAAAAUGGAACCACCUCCACCCUUCGGAGAUACCUGAUUUCGUCUUCCUAAACGAGCACAGCACCUCCUGGCUCCACCUCGAAGAUCCGUUCACACGGGGCAGUUUCCAACCUUCACUUUUGCCAUGGUGGACGCACUGGUGCGUUGCCUUUGCCCAUGAGAGAACCAACCUGGACGACGCUGCAAUCGCCAAAAUGUACAAACACCGGUACAGAAAUGUAAUCCCUGGUAUCCAGUGCCUGGGGACAGCCGAUGCACUCCAGCUCUACACAUAUCUCUGCGAUGGUAGCCAUGACUACGCCUCCAAGUGGGAUCCUCAGAAAGAAGCCUUGCUCCGUGACAAGGUGCUGCACGACUUGCAACAGGCAGAGACCUAUGCGCAGGAGGCACGAAGACAGAAGAACGUUCGGAGCCCAGAAGCAAGAACAGGCAGACUCUCUCCUUAA